AUGUGUAGCCCAACUGCGCUGGGCGGCACCUUCAGGUUCGCAGCUCUGCCAGGUCCCCCACAGCGGCGCCCGAUCGACCCCCUGCCACAUUCCGUGCCCAGGUUCGCUGAGCCGGGCACAGCCGCCGAGCGUGUCGGCGAGCCAUCCCACGCCGCCUGUCCACGGCGCCACUGCGCCGCGACCCCAGCCCCACACACCGGCAACCGCCGGCGCAUCCCCAAUGACACCCCCUUCGAGAACCAGCACACCCCACCGCCCCAGGGCCGGCGCCAAAACGCACGGAGGCAGGGCCUGCGACAGGGACAGCGAGGCCACCCCAGGGCCGGGCACCACGGCCCGCCACCGCUCAGCGGCACCCCGCAAGGGCUGUCGCCAUCCCAACCUCGAGCGCGCAGUGGCCGCCGGUCAGGGCCGCGGGGCGGGCACGCAACGCGGCUCACCGUCGGGGCGUCUGUGCGGCCGCAGCCAGACCGCUCGGCGACCCCGGCGGGGGCCCAGCGCCCGGGACCCUCGCCGCCAUUCCUGGUCCCGCGUGUCCGGGAGGAGCAGUGGGGCCGCGGGCCCCCCCAGCACCACCCUCGGGGAUGCCGCUCCCCACCCACACUGCGAGGCCCAGGCCGGCCAGCGCCCACCUCGGGAGUCCAGUCCCAACUGGUCGUGGCGGCGCCCCCUCGUGGCCACACCCGCGACCAGCUCGACUCUCCCCGAAAAGUGGUGCGCUGGGCUGGCGGCUUCCAGCCUCCACCUCACAGGCAGAGGGCAGCCCGGCCCCUGCUCCCCAGCAGGCAUCGGGGAGCCUCGGGGAGGGGAUUUUACGCCGAGACUGAGGACAGAGCUGGCGUCAAGCAGGGGCCCCCUGGGGGCGAGGCGACACCCCCACCCCCAGGGGAGGGGUCGAGCCAGCUGGUGUAA